AUGCCAAAAAGAUCUCCACAAUCUCCUCAUAACAUACACGUACAAAAGAAGUAUAAAUAUCAACAUCCCCGCCACUCACUCCACGACGAGCUGCUCAACGACACGCGUUCGAGCGAUGACGAACGCUCUGACGACAACUUACCGCCAUCCGCGUACUUGCACAAAGGAAAGGAUCCUAAAAGACGCGUCGUUUAUGGUCUUUUAGAUGAUGAUGAUGAGGAGGAGGAUGGUUUCCAAGAACAUGCCAGCAAAUCUCCGCGUAAAUUGAACUUUAGUGAUUUUGAUGAUAGCUUGGAUGACUUGAACACCUCGCCGCAACCAAGUACCUCGAAAUCAGUCUACGCAAACGCUAUACCAACCCAGGACCCAGACGAUGACAUAUUCUCUGGUACAACAAACAAAAGACCAGUUAAAGGGAAGAGUAAGAGGACUUCUUCUCCUGAACCUGAUUUUAUGAUGUAUUCAUUCCGUGGGGCUAAAUGCGCAUUCACAAACCCAUUCAAAAAUCUCCCAAGUGCUGUUAAACAGCGUGCACACCUCCCUGAAUCUCAUAUCGACUUUUCACCUUUACCCAACCCUAAGCCACGUCUUCUAUUCGCAGAUGCCCACCACGCAUCUCAACUAGAGGCGCUUCAGAGGGAGGAAGAGGAGAGUGCGAAAGUGAGUAUGCACGCGAAGGAUGAAUUGGAGGAUUAUCAGUUGGAUAGCGUUGAUUGUGUCGAUACUGGCAGUUUAAGUGGUUGUAGUUCAAGUGGUGUUGAAGAAUCGAAGAAGAGAAGCGCAUGCUCACAACAACCACCAGUCACACCACGUCCAAACAAGCUGAUGCACCCAUCGCAUACAGAUCUCCUUGCUAGUGCCAAGAAAAGUAAUAAUAGGGUGAGUAAUGCAAGUGCAAGGGCUUUGUUCAGAUAA